UGCGGGGCAGUGCGCCGUGCCGGUCUCGGUGGGAGGCCUCGCCUGGCUGGCUGGCUGUCCGCCGCGCCACGGGGCCUCCGGGCGAGUGAUACCGUCGGCGGAUCGGAGUGCGGAAAUAUCGUCUUAUACUGUUCUUUCCUUUUUGUUAUCGGUGGGUGAUCAACGAGUGCGACUUAAAAUCAGCUUCGGUGUCAUCUCUGGUUUACUUUUGCCACUGAAGGAAUACGACAAGCACAGCGCUCCCAACUCUUUUCAGAUUUAUAUGAGAAGCACUUGAAACCAUGAUGGCCACCAGAGACCCACUGGGUUUUGUGUGAAGCUGCUCAACAGAACGGCCCGCCAGAUCAAACGUUCCUCGUCCACGGCUGCUGCGAAAAGCGCCGCCCCGGCUACCCAUCUGACGGAGAGCUACGUCCACUGCGCGGGCACCACUCCUCUGGUGCACGACACGCUCGGUGACGUCAUCGACCGGGCGGCCGUCGACUACGGCACCAACGAGGCGCUGGUGUUUGUGCACCAGGACCUGCGGCGAACAUGGCGCGAGGUCAAACAGGAGGCGGAGCGGCUGGCUCAUGGCUUCAUGGCUCUGGGUCUCGAAUUUGGCGACCGGAUCGGCAUCUGGGGCACCAACGUGUACGAGUGGCAGCUGACGCAGUACGCCGCGGCCAAGGCUGGCCUCGCCUUGGUAAACGUGAACCAAGCUUACCAGACCAACGAGCUCGAAUACUGUCUGAAGAAGGUCGGCGUCAAGACGCUGGUGGCCACCGACGGCUACAAGACGUCCGACUACUACGACAUGCUGACGCGGCUGCUGCCCGAGCUGACGUCAGAGGGGGAGUCGAACGUGCCGCUAACGCUGCGGUCCGAGCGGCUGCCGCAGCUGCGCAGCGUCGUCAUGAUCAGCCAGCAGCGCAGACGGGGCGUGCUGCGCUUCGACGACCUGCUUGACUCCGGCAUGGAGUCCUUGUCGGGGGAGCUACAGCGACGCCAGGCGCAGGUCAACUGCGACGACCACUGCAGCAUUCAGUUCACAUCCGGCACCACCGGCCUGCCGAAGGGCGCCACCCUGUCGCACCACAACGUGGUCAACAACACGCAGCAGGUGGCGGCGCGGCUGGGCUGCGACGUCGGCGGCGCGCGCAUCUGCAUGUCCGUGCCGCUCUACCACUGCUUCGGCUGCGUCAUCGGCUCGGUGCUGGCGCCCCUGCACGGAAACGCCAUGGUCUUCCCGUCGCAGACCUUCGACGCCGAGGCCUCGCUCAAGGCCACCGAAGACGAACGAUGUACGCACCUGUACGGCACCCCCACCAUGUUCGUCGACAUGGUCAACAUCGCCAAGCAGAAGCGGCACGACCUCAGCUCGGUACACUCGGGCGUCGUCGCCGGAGCGCCGGUGCCCUUCCACCUGAUGCAGGCCAUGAUCAACGACCUCAACAUGCGGGACGCGGUGGUGGGGUAUGGUCUGACGGAGUGCAGCCCGCUGCUGACGCUGGGGUUUCCGUCGGACGACCUGGAGCACCGCUGCGGCACCGUCGGCUACCCGCUGGCGCACACCGAGCUGAAGGUGGUGGACGGCCAGGGUCUGACGGCGCCCGUCGGCCAGCCGGGGGUGCUCUGCGCGCGCGGCUACUGCAACUUCCUCGGCUACUGGGACGACGCCGAGAAGACGGCGGAGACGCUGACUCCGCAGCGAUGGCUCAUCACCGGUGACGUGGCGGUAAUGAACGAGGACGGCUACGUGAAGAUCGUCGGCCGUGCCAAGGACAUGGUGAUCCGCGGCGGGGAGAACAUCUACCCGACCGAGGUGGAGGACUUCCUGAUGACGCACCCGGACGUGCUGGAGGCCUCGGCGUUCGGAGUGCCCGAUGAUCGGAUGGGCGAGGAGCUGGCCGUGUGGAUUCGCCUGCGCCGGUCGGACACGGUCUCCGAGCACGACAUCAGGAGCUACUGCAAGGGACGGAUCGCCCACUACAAGGUACCGCGCUACAUCGAGUUCCGCGACGACUUCCCGAAGACCGUCACCGGCAAGAUCCAGAAGUUCGUCAUGCGCGACACCAUGACACGCGAGCUGGGCCUGAGUCAGUAGACUCCCCUGUCUCUGUAGUCGGACGCCGGCGGUGGGCGCUGGGGGGGGGGGGGGGGGGACCGGCGGCGGUCGCCGACGUUACUAGGUCGAGGUGUAACAGCGCUAAGCCUCUGAGUCCAUUGUUUGUGGCCCGGUGAGCCGGUGGCUUACCGACCGGCCACCCCGGCUCGGAUACAGGCUAGUCGGAGCCAGCCUGGGCUAGGUAGCCGUGGCUGGGCUGGAUGGCCGUAAACGGGCGCUAUAUAUGCUAUGUUGGUGGUUGCUAGUAAGACGGUCAAUCAGAUAGUACACGGUCAGAACUCUUGUUAGGAUGGUGAAAAUUGGACGGUUGCAUCGUUACACAAACGUGUGAAAGAGAGUAUACUAUAAACGGAUAGAUUUGGGUGGCAUUCCGUUUCAUAAAGCAUGUUGACACUUGACAGGUAAGCAGCGUGUAUCGUGCAUGAGCGUUAAGUAAUGCAGUGGUGUGGGCAUGUGUGAGGUUGUUUCUUCCUCCCUCGGCACUCAUAAGGCUCUACGGAAUCACAGCUUACGAUUGAUGUUUCUCGAGCAGUUGUGUUUCUGGUAUCGACUGUAUGACCGGAGGGUUCUUCUGAGUAAAAACCUGCAGAAUAACUAGUUCCGCCUUGAUAAUGGCUUUACUGAUAAAUUAUUUGCACCAAUAUGCGAUCUAUAUCAUUGCGCUUUGUACUCGUAACCUACUUUGGUGUGGCUGAAUACAACUGAUGCUUGUUUU